AUGACCUUUAUCCGACCAUUGCUUGAAUACGGCGAUAUUAUAUUUGACAACUGCACUGCAGGGGAAAAGCAGGAACUUGACAAAAUACAACACGAGGCUGCGAGAAUCGUCACAGGUGACAGGUCCACCAGCAAAUGUACAACGGGCCCCGACUAUCACCCGAAACUCAUCAGCCGUCGUGGGGAGGUGAUUAACAAGAUACGCAGCGACCAUGAUGUUCGCAUUCAGCUGCCGGAGAGAAAUGACGAGGACCAGAGCGUGAUUAGGAUCAUCGGCUACGAGAGGAAUUGUGAAGCAGCACGUGAUGAGAUCCUUCGUAUGGUGAAAGAUUAUGAGGACCAAGUUCAUCUUGAGGUUCGUGUAGACCACCGCAUACACUCCCGCAUCAUCGGGCAGAAAGGGCGCGGUGUGAGGCGUAUCCAGGACGACUUCAAGGUGGAUCUCCGCUUUCCUCGGGGUAAUGACGACAAAGACAUACUCGUUAUCAGCGGUGCUGAGGAUGACGUCUACGAGUGUAAAGACCAUCUUCUCAACAUGGAGGAGGAAUUUUUGCAAGAUAUCAUCGAUGAUGAAUACCUGAAGAGCCUUCAGAAGCCCAGCAGGAUUGAGCCCGAGAGACCCAAGAGAUCCGAGAACCCGGGCUUCUACACUAAGAACGCCCCAUGGGAUAAGGACGAUGGCUCCGCCCCUGAUACCAGCAGCACGUCAGAAUUUCCUGGUGCUACAGGGGGCUCGGCUGUUGCUCCGAAAUCAUCCUUUGCUUGGGGACCCAUGCGCAGAAAGUGA